AUGGAGGACUUCGCUACAGCCCUGGGCCUCCAGCUCUUCACCGGGACGCAGGCAGCCGACCGGUACAACACAGCUCACGGAGGAAAUCACAGAGCAGCGCAACCACCCCGAAACCAAGCUAAGAAGAGACCCCCACCACAGGCUGAGAAUACCGACCCAACGGCUACCUGA